CUUUUUAAUUAAUANAUCAAUGGUUCGCCAAAAGUAUUGUCUGACGUCUGGACUGAAAGCAAUAUAAAUGCUUUACAUUCUGAAUACAUAAACAGCACAUUAGACGAGAAAAACAAAACAUAUUUUUUAGUCUUUGUUUCGAACAAUUCCUCUGCGGUUACCAUACAUUCAAUACAAGAAUAUUCUGUACUCAAAGACACACCAAAUGGAAAGUAGUUCCCAGUCAUACCCGGGUUGGCCUCUAAGGAAUUACUUGGCAUUCAUCGCCAUUCACUUCAAAUUGAAUAACUGUGCCGUUUUGGCGUUCAGACUGAGGGACAGAUCCGCCAAAACUAGUCUUUUACUGGACAUUGAAUGGGAGGACAACCCGGAAGUGCCGGACAUGGAGUCAAUCGAAUGCGUCGGUUGGGAGAAGAACGAGAAGAACCUAUUGUUGCCCCGAGUGGUCGACUUGAGUGCACUUAUGGAUCCGCACCGGUUGGCCGAAGGGGCCGUCGACUUGAAUCUCAAGUUAAUGCGCUGGCGAUUGGUUCCGUCUCUCGAUUUGGACGCCAUAUGCGCCACAAAGUGUCUUAUCCUGGGUUCAGGAACUCUGGGCUGUUCUGUAGGCCGAGGAUUAUUGGCGUGGGGUAUAAGAAACGUGACAUUUGUGGACAACAGUGCCGUCUCGUACUCCAAUCCCGUCCGGCAGUCGUUAUUCACAUUCAACGACUGCUUAGACGGCGGCAAACCUAAGGCCGAAGCGGCGGCUGAAGCCUUAAAGACUAUAUUCCCGAACGUUAACUCUAAAGGCAUCCAACUGUCGCUCCCAAUGCCCGGACACCCGGUGCCCGACCAGCUUAAAGAAAAAUGCAGACAAGAAGUGCAACUUCUGGAGCAACUGAUCGAUGAUAACGAUGUGGUCUUCCUAUUGAUGGACACCAGAGAGAGCCGAUGGCUGCCGACAGUGUUGUCGGCCGUUAAGAAUAAGUUGGUCAUAAACGCUGCUCUCGGGUUCGACACCUUUUUAGUUCAAAGGCAUGGCGUGAGACGUACGGAGACUACAGGUGCGACCAACGAUCAGUCUAUUGUCGGAGCUGUCGGUGGCGAGCUUUCGACAACAUCUACGACUGGCACCGGGAGGUCGAGGCGAGUGAGUGGCGCCGAUUUGGGCUGUUAUUACUGCUCGGAUGUCGUCGCACCGGGAAAUUCGACUCGUGACCGAACCCUCGACCAGCAGUGCACUGUCACCCGGCCCGGGGUGUCGAUGUUGGCCUCUGCACUGGCCGUAGAGCUCAUGGUGUCUGUAUUACAGCACCCGUUGCGAGGGGCGGCGCCGGCACUGGUAGUCAGCGGCGACUACAUGGAUGAGGUAGACAGCGAUGCCGAGACUGCCCUGGGAUUAGUGCCGCACCAGAUCCGGGGCUUUUUGUCCCGUUUUCAGCAAUUGAUGAUCACUAGUGAACGGUUCACCAAAUGCAGCGCCUGUUCCCAAGCCGUGAUCGACGCUUAUAAUGAAAUGGGUUUUGAGUUUCUGUUC